AUGCCUUCUUCCUCCGCUAUCCAACAAUCCCUCGGCAGCCUCUUACCUACCCACAGCGCCAAACUUCCCGCUCCGCUCGUCCACCUCUGCGAAUCGCUCCUCGCACAAUCCCGCCAACGAGCCUCGCAUUUGAAACCCGAGGAAGAGAUCGCCCGUGCCUAUGCCUGCUGCGAGAUUGCUUGCAAUAGGCUUAGGGUGAAAUGUCGGUUGCCGGCGGUCAAGGCUGGCGGAGCACCUUGUAAGCCAGCCGUGUACAAGAAGUUGGUUGCGUUUUUGGAGAGGGUGUUGGAUGAGGAUGGCAUCGCAACAACGCCCAAGUCGACCCCGGGAGGGAAGAAGAGGACGGCAGACGGGACGUUGAAGAGAACAGGCGUCGAGGGUGAGUCAGUCACGCCGUCGAAACCUACAGCGCGGAACGAAUUUCUCGGGAAGAUCAAAACAAGCACGAAAAAGAAAAGCGAGGCUGAGAAUGACGGCGAAGCGCCGAGCUACACAAUGCCCUCGAUCCGUAAACUCUGCAAAACAUUCUCAACACCACUGCUCGCUCCGCACGUCUACACCGGCACCUGUAUCAUCCUGAAACUUAGUGGUCUGUGGCCCCCAGACGAAGACGGCCCAGCACCAGACGACGACUCCUUCCGAGAAACCGUGGCCGGUCUCUUGACAGCACUCUAUAUCAUGACGUUGACGCGUAUGCAAACAGCAAAGAUGACAACGUUAGUGUACAAAUCUACGUGCGCCAGGGCUGUAGAAGUUUUGGAGUACCAACCAGGGGCGAAAGGCGUCGAAGAGUGGAUCAGGAGGAUAAAUCGCGAAGGGUACUGUCGGGGCCAGGACUGGUGGGGGAGUGUCCCGGAGAAAGUUUUUGAUUUUGAUCCCAACGCCGAAGGAGCGGGGGGGACCGGCGACGAAGAAGUAAGCGUUGGAGGGGGAUUUGAGGAGGAUGAAGACGAAGAUGAGGACCCGAUCCUGUCGGGACGGAGGAGGAGACGACGGACCGAAGCAUAUCACGCUCGAGGGAGAACCGGGGAAAGAGAGAUGGAACCGGAACACGAGGACGAUGAUCCCGAGGACGUCCUGCUCCCGGGCCUGGCGACUAUGAUGCAAGACUUCAUGGACCUGUUGAGCGGAGAGCGGACACGCGCGUAUGAGACGUGGAAGAAGCACUUCCUGCUCAAGCUAGACAAGCUGGAUAAGACGCCCACUUCCAAGCCCAAGCCCGGCGCCAAAGUUGGAAAGCCUAGCGUUGGUCUGGGAGAAUAA